AUGCAUCCAGUUCAGAUUCCGUGUGCGCUGACCGCGACGCCCACGACAGCCCCCCUGCGACGCUCACAAACAGCCGCCAUGCAACUGGCGGCAACUCCUAGUCGGACUGCGGACCUGGCACAGGCCGCCAUCACCACACCGCCAGCGGCGAUCGCGCAGAACGGGUGGGCCAGUGCACGCUGUCGAUCGGGAACGCCAGCGCUGGUGAGGGGCGCAUUGCAAGGGUUACGAGGCGCCGGCGUCCAUGACGAGCCUUCCGCCGCUGCCGCUAUUCGCCCCACACUCGACCCCUCAGAGUGCGAGCGCGACGAGGCGCAGUGCGCGCAGCGCCACGCACGUGAGGGCCUUUGCGCGCCGUCAAACAACCUCCGGCCGGGGCGGUUUCCUGCCACAAGCAGCCGUCGUACGGCGCUCAGCAGAUCGCAAGGAUUAACGUGCACUGACCGCGACGCCCACAUCGCGCCCCACGCCGCCGACAGCCCCCCCACAACCGCCACAGCCAGCCCCUGUGCGACCGGUUGCAGCUCCAAGUCUGAGUGCGGUCUUGGCGCAGGCCGCCAUCAGCACGCCGCCAGCUUGGUUAGCGACGGGGCGCAGCGCGGGCAGCGCGCAGAACGGGAAGGCCAGUGCGCGCUGUCAAGCCAGGGGAGCGCCAGGGUUGGGGCUCAGUCGUCGAGGCAGCCCACUGCCACAAGCAGCCAUCGUCCGGUGCUGGUGAGGAACGGACUGCAAGGAUCUGCAGCCUUUGAGGGCGGGUCGGAGAAGGUUUUUUACUCCUCAGCACCAAAGAGCAGGGCGCUAAUAGUGACACAAAUGAUGAUCGGGGGCGUGGAGAGCAACCCGGGGUGGCCCACACACGGUCCCGACGCCCCCAGCAGCUCGUCCGGACGGCCCCUGAUUCCCAUUCCAACCGCGGACGAGGUUCAGGAGAGCGUCAGGUCAAAGCCAGUCAGCAUCGAGCCAUUUGAUGCGUGGCGAGCAAGCCAAUCGAACCCAAACUGGGUGGCAGAGGUGAUGGACCGUUCUGCAGUGCAACCUGCUCGACCUCAGUGGCAGGACCCGCCGACCGCGCCAAGCGUCAGUAGAGAGGAAACGGGCCCUUCCUCCAGCGACCCACGUCCUGCUAGCGGUCCCCGUUCCGCUGAUACAGAGCUGGCAUCUACGCGUCCAUUGGCAGUAGAAAGAGGGGAACUUUUCCGUGAAGUAGUCGAGGCCCUCGCCCACAUACAAGGGCUUGAUCACCUCUCGCUCGAUCUUGACUGGGCGAUUCCCGUCAGCCGCGUAAGGACUCGGGCCCCCUCCUCGAGCCCCCCGCAUCCUACCAGCCAGCCUCUCUCCACUGCUGCAGAGCCGCCUGCUAUGGAGGUCGCAGGCAGGAAGAGGGCCGCCUCAAGCAGGGAGAGCUUCCCGGCGCCAAGCGGUAUCAGGAUCCGGUUCAGAAGCCCGGACGAAGCUGAGGUAGCUGCGACGUCCGAUCAAGAGGCCGCCUCCUUCGACAUUGAAGAGACAUCCGACGAGACCGAGUCUGACGAGGAGCCCACAUCCGAGGACGACCGGGGCAUCGACGACUCGGCGGUGCCGGACGCUGAAAGGCGGGAUCUGUACCGGCAGAUGGAGAUGGAGGAAGCGGCAGCUCGGCUCGAGGAUGAGACCCUGGACGAUGCGCUGGCGCCCAUGCGGAGAGAGAUUCAGAGGAGGAAGGCCCACGAUGAAGCGCCGCCGGCCACUAUACAUCCAAUGGCGCGCGAGGACCUUGUGGCGGUGCCCGAGCCUGCGGUGCAUUCUGACCCGCUGACCGGCAACGAGGUCUUCAAGAAGGACGGGUUCCGGGUGCUGCGUGUGCGGGAGCACGGCACCAAUUGCUUCCAUCAGAGAGGGACCAACCCUAGGGGCCGCCUCCCGGGCCCAAAGCACUACAUGCAGCAGGAGGCGGCUCUCUUAAACCACGAGGCGCAGGUGGUCCUGCACAAGUGGUCCGGCAUGGUCUCAGACGGGGUGAGGGUCCCGUGGCGCAGCUUCAUUCCCGGAUUGGGAGUCAGCGCGGCGGCAUCUGGAGGGGCACGGGUCGGUGACCGAAAUUAUCCAGAACGGAAGCCCUGCAAGCCCUACCUUGACCUCGACUGGAAGGAGGGGCUCCCCUUCAGGCGCCAGCCGGUGAUUGGGGCGGAUGGAGAGGUUGUGGAGGCUAGGGAGAAGUACGGUCGGGAGGAGGUGAUUGGGCUCAUGGAGAAGUGGGCCAGUAUCGUGUUCAAGGAGCAAUACGACUGUGAGCUGCAGCCGAGCAGCUUCGUCUGGAUUGAGAGCCCCCGCCGGACCAAGUUUAGCCUCCACCUCACCAUCAACCAGCUCUCCCCCCGCCAGCUCGUCUUCGCCUCUAACACCGAGGGGGCUCUCCACUUUGCGAGGCGCCUCAAGAAGAGGCUGCAGCGGUGGCAUCCUGCGCUCGCCGACGCCAUCGACCUGAACGUGUACUCGAAGGACCGCCAGUGGCGGACUCCGGGAAGCGCCAAGAUUGAGAAGCCGGAAAGCGUCCUGACGUGCAUCAAUCCGGCCCAUUCGUGGAAGGAUGCUCUGGUGACCUGGCUGGAGCCCCUCGAGGCCCGUGAGGAGGUCAAGCUGCCGUUCGAAGUGCCCGAAAGACUCCACGAAAGCCGAAAUACCGAGGGUGGGGACUCGGACGUCCCCUGUGUCAGCAGGGCGUACUGCCUGGGGGACCUGUUCGAGGAUAACAUCUCGUAUGAGACAGGCGCGGUCAAGGUAGACAUGGAGCACCUCAAGCGGGUCCCUGGCGCGUCGACCCCUGAGCUCGUGGCCGAAGUUGCGGCGGGGCUGAGGAAGCCGGACGAUCUGAUGAAGCUCAACACGGUCGCCAACGAGUGGAUCGAGGGCAAGUUCCCCCUGCUCGGCAUCCGGUCGGGCGUAAACACCGGGAAGACGGUCUUCUGCGGGGCGGUUGGGGAUGAGCUUUGGCGAGCAAGCGACCACCCCAUCACGACGAUCAUGAUCACAUACCGGGUGGCGCAGGCCGAGGACCUCAAACGCCGCUUUCCCCGCACCGCAAACUACCUCGACCUGAAGGCGGAUUAUGAGAACCAGUGGUUCCAGGAUCCCAACGACAAGCACAACCUCCUGACAGCCCUCCAGUCCCGCAAGGACUUCCCUGAAAUUGUGGUUCAGGUGGACAGCCUCCUGAACCUGCGGCCGGGCGGCAUCGGUGAGGUUGCCCCGUUUGACCUCGUCAUCCUAGACGAGGUGGCGAGCAUCCUCGCGCACCUCUCCGCGGCAACCUUGAGGAACGGUAUGGAGACCAGUGAGCUGUUCCUGGAGAUUGUCCAGCGGGCAAAGCGCGUGUUGGCCAUGGACGACGGGUACGGGCAGCGGGAGCACGACUUCUUCCGGCUUGCGAAAGUGCCUGGGAAGCUCGUCAUCAACACAAGAAGGGCUGCGGUGCCUCUGACGUUCCGCAUCGGUCUGGACGAGAAGAAGUGGCUGGACCGAAUAGUUGCUGAUCUCGCAGCUGGCAAGAACGUGGUCGUCGUCAGCAUGUCCGCGAAGGUCCUGGACCGCAUCCGGGACCAAGUCAUGUCGCGGCACUCGCUCGGGCUUGCAGACACAGACAUCCUCAUCCAUAAGGCCCUGAGCGGGGGCGAAACGACGGCUCUUCUGAGGAACGUUGCAGAAAAUUGGAAGGUUCGCUUGCUCAUGUACAGCCCCACUGUCGAGGCAGGGGUAAAUUUCGACGUUUCCUGGUUCCACACCAAGUUCCUCUACAUGUGCAAGAAGAGCACGACGGCUCGGGCGGCCUGGCAGGCGACGUUGCGGGUGCGGAAAACGGAGAGCGCGCUGGUCCACUGCUUCGUCCAGUCGUCCAUCUCCGUGAUGCUGGACUGUGCGCAAGAGGUACCGGCCGCGCGACUCUGCUCCCGGCGACAGGAGGGAACGACGGCUAUGGCACCGCAUGCAUCAGACGCGGCCGACGAGUCUACUUUGCAGGAUGAUGAUGGCGGCCGUCUGGACCAGCAAGUGGCCGUCGAUUCCCCUCUCAACGGGGCGUCCGGUUCCCAGUCCGGCGUGGGGGGCUCCUCUGGUCAGCAUUCUGAGCGACUCAAGGGACUCUUCGGCCCUCCACGGCGCGUGACCACGGCGGAGACGCUGCAGUAUCUGCAAGCUUGCAACAGCGAAGUGACGGCUGCAUGGAGGCGAGUCCCGUCGAGAACCGAGGACCCGGGCAAAGUUGUCCGGCUGAUCGAGGACGGCCCCCUCUUCCGGACGUUUGCGCAUACGGAGGCGGAACGGCGGAACUCGGACGUGCGCCUGCUUCACGAGUUCCAGGUGCAAGUCGCGCGAGCAGGCCACGUGGUGGAGGUUGAGCAAACCGAGGAGCUAUCGAAAAAGAGUAAGAGGCGGAAAGGGCUGGACGCAGAGGCGUUAAAGAUUAUUGGGGCGAGGGUGAUUGAUGAGGAAGAGUACGAGGAAUUAAGGAAGUUGCGGGACACGAAGCGGGACAGGGGGGCGCAGAGUGUCGAGGUGAUGAGGUACGAGGCCUGCCAGUACUAUGGCCUGAAGGACCUUGACGAGCACUUCUUCAAAGAAACAAAGGCCGAGUACAAGCCGCCGUUCUCAAAGAAGCUCGACCUUCUGCUAAAGGUGCUACUCCCGGGGCGGUUCCUCGACGAGGGGGCGGUGGCUCGCCAGAGCCACGUUCCCAAAAUGGCGGAGACUGCGCGGGGAUUGCUCAAGGACCUGGGCCUGGCGCACCCUUUCGACGUGGGCGGUGAAACGCGCUCGCUGCUCGCAGGCGGACUCAAAGACAGGCUCCUGAAUUCGGAGCUGUUCAGAGGCCGUCCUAAGCGGGUCGGUGCAAAAUCUGCAAUGUCGGAGCGUGCGGUCUCCGAGAUGUUCCAAAUCCAGUUGCCGGCACCCAAAGAGGGAAAAGCCGGACUCGAUCCCGGCCAAUUGAAGGGGGUGAUGAAUAGAGUGCUCGAACACAUGGGCCUCAAGCUCGGGAAAGCGAUCGAGGUGAGCCGUCCGCGACGAGGGAAGGGAAAGCAAAACGAGUCAGCGUCUGGAAACAGCGACUACAGGUACAAGCUAGAGCGGAAGCAUGUUCUCAGGAUGGCAAAGCUUGUCAAGCUGCAGUUUCGUGAAGUCCCUCGUGUAUGGCAGCAUCGUCGGGAGCUGGAGCCUGCAGUUAGAGGGUUUCUCAAUGAGGUUGAUGCCAGCGAUCUGGAUCAUCUGUUGCGUAGGCCUUCUGGUCACCCUUUGCUAGAGGAACUGCGUUCGUCGACAAGCGAAGAGGAUUUGGAGGAGUGUAUGAUCGUGCUUCGUUGAUGGGCGCAGCCUCGAACGCGGUUGUAAAGUAUCAAUGACCGUGAAGUAUGGCAGAUGGACAAGGUUAAUUACAAGGAGCUUGGAACGUAGCGUUUGUUAGUUGGCUUGCAUUGAUCGAAUUGAGACAACUUUGCAAAUAUGCCAAGAUUAGUAUGUCCAACGAACACGUGUGCAUCAUUACAAACCCUUGUUGUUUG